ACGCGAUGAUGGAAUAUCAGCUGUUCGUUCCAUUCAAACUUUGGAAAUUGAACUUGCAGAAAUUAUGAAAGGAUCUUUCGAUCACUUUAUGCAAAAAGAAAUUUUUGAACAACCUGAAUCUGUGGUAAAUACUAUGCGUGGUCGUGUCAACUUUGAAAAUAAUAAGGUGACGCUUGGUGGUCUUAAAGCUUUUUUAUUAUUGGUUUGUGAAUAUCGAAUAUUGUCGAAUGUAAAUGAAGAAUAUAGAGAAGAAAUUAAAGACGGUGUAGGGGAAGAAAUUGAAGGUGGUAGUUCAUGUUUUGUUGAAAGAAUUUUGUAA